AUGACAUUAUUAGCUAGAAACGCAUACAGUCUUCUUUCAAGAAGAGGUUUGGCAUCUGCUGCUGCAUCUGCUCCAAAAGCAACCACUUCGAGAUUAAAGACCUUUAAGAUUUAUCGUUGGAACCCAGAUAAACCAGCUGAAAAACCUCAGUUGAAGGCUUACCAAGUUGAUUUGAACAACUGUGGUCCUAUGAUUCUAGACGCUUUGUUGAAGAUCAAGAAUGAACAAGAUGCAACUUUAACUUUCAGAAGAUCUUGUAGAGAAGGUAUCUGUGGUUCAUGUGCAAUGAAUAUCGGUGGUAGAAAUACUUUGGCAUGUCUGUGUAGAAUUGAUCAAGAUGAAUCCAAACAAACUAAGAUAUAUCCUCUACCUCACAUGUAUAUUGUUAAGGAUUUGGUUCCAGAUUUAACAAACUUCUACCAACAAUACAAAUCCAUUAAACCAUAUUUGCACAGAAAGGAUUAUCCAGCUGAUGGGAAGGAGAUCCUUCAAUCUAUUGACGACCGUAAGAAAUUAGAUGGUCUUUACGAAUGUAUUCUAUGUGCUUGUUGUUCUACUUCUUGUCCUUCCUAUUGGUGGAACCAAGAAGAAUACUUGGGUCCAGCAGUAUUGAUGCAAGCUUAUCGUUGGUUGAUCGACUCAAGAGAUCAAGCCACUAAGAUGAGACAAAGUAUGUUAGAAAACUCGAUGUCUCUAUACAGAUGCCACACUAUUAUGAACUGUACUAAGACAUGUCCAAAGGGUUUGAACCCAGGUCGUUCCAUUGCAGAGAUCAAGAAACAACUAGCUCUCUAG